CUUCCGGUUUCUGGGUGGUUUGAGUUUAGGACCCUGGGUUGGUGGGGUCCGAAGGAGUGGGAGCUCCUUUCUCCGGGAUAGCUGGGCCUGCUGGGAGUGCAGGGCGCCUUGUGUGUAUCCCCCCGAACAGAUUUCUGAUCCCUAACCUGGCUGUGAGCGUUGUGAUGGAGCAAGAGAAAAAACUGUUGGUCUCAGAUUCUAAUGGUUGCACAGAGAAGGAGAGUCUGAAAAGCCCUUUCACAGGAAAUGAAGGGAAUAAUUUGGAAACUGUUCAACACAAUAAGGCAAAUAAACUGAAAGACAGAGCCUCAUCAGAAUGGUUUAAAAGAGAUGGCCCACAAAAUUGUAAACAUGAGGAUACACAAGAAAUGCCGCUGAUGUGGUCCCAAGGAGAUGAGAUGUGGUGUGAUGAUUUCUAUGAGGAUGAUGGCAAAUCAGAGAAUCAGGGAAGCUCUACAGAAAAAGAGGGAGAAAAACCCAAUCACUGGGGAUGGGACCCAGGAGACCACGUGAAUGGCACUGUCCAGCAGAAGUCAUCCUUCAGAGACAAGCCCUACAAAUGUUCCGAAUGUUGGAAAAGCUUCAGUAAUAGUUCUCAUUUGCGUACUCACCAGAGGACCCACUCAGGAGAGAAACCUUAUAAAUGCUCUGAGUGUGGGAAAUGCUUUAGUAACAGCUCUCACUUGAUUCAGCAUCUGAGAACACACACGGGAGAGAAGCCGUACCAGUGUGGUGAAUGUGAGAAAAGCUUCAGCAAUACCUCCCAUCUUACUAUCCACGAGAGGACUCACACGGGAGAGAAACCCUAUAAAUGUCCUGAGUGUGGGAAGAGUUUCAGCAGCAGCUCUCACCUUAUUCAGCACCACCGAUCGCACACAGGUGAAAAACCAUAUGAAUGUCCUGUUUGUGGGAAAUGCUUCAGCCACAGUUACGUCCUCAUAGAACAUCAGAGGACUCACACUGGAGAAAAACCUUAUAAAUGCCCUGAUUGUGGGAAGGGCUUUAGUCAGAGUUCCAGCCUGAUUCGCCAUCAGCGCACACACACUGGUGAGAAGCCCUACAAAUGCCUUGAGUGUGGGAAAUGCUUUGGUUGUAAUUCUACUCUGAUCAAGCAUCAGAGAAUACAUACAGGAGAAAAACCCUACCAGUGUGCAGAAUGUGGGAAGAAUUUCAGUCGAAGCUCAAACCUCAUUACACACCGGAAAACGCACACAGGAGAAAGACCUUAUGAAAGCUCUGAAUGUGAAGAAAGUUUGAGUCAGAACUGCCAUGUGAUGGAAGAAUGCAGAAUCCAACCAGGAGAGAAACCAUAUAAAUGCUGUGAGUGUGGAAAGAGUUUUGGCCUCAGCUCCCAUCUCAUUAGACAUCAGAGGACACAUACAGGAGAAAAACCUUACAGAUGUCCUGAGUGCUGGAAAACUUUUAGUCAGAGCUCCACCCUGGUGAUUCACCAAAGGACACACACGGGAGAGAAACCUUAUAAAUGUCCUGACUGUGGUGAGAGCUUCAGUCAGAGCUUUAACCUUAUCAGGCACCGGAGGACCCACAUAGGAGAAAAACCUUACAAAUGUACCGACUGUGAGAAAUGCUUCAGCCGAAGUGCCUACCUCAGUCAGCAUCGGAAAAUUCACAUAAAAAAGUCUCUUAAGCCUCCAGAAGUUGAAGGUUUUCCUCAUGAGUGGACUUGGAAAAACAGUUCAGGGGAAAUGGCCCUCGUUUCUUCAUUUUCAGUCCUAAAUUCAUCUUCCUUUUGAGCCCCAAAGCCUGUUUUUUGUUUUUCUUUUCUUUUGUUAUUGGACCAUUACAAUUAAGGUAUUCUCUGAUCAUUGUGCUCCUUUCUUUGGUUUUGUUGUCAAAACACCUAGAAAAUGUCACCCUCUCAGUUUAAAGGAUGGGAAGACCCAGAUUACCAGGUAGUUGAAUCUGCCCAUUGAGAGUUACUGCCAAGGAUGGAGAAAAGGUAGUUUAGUUGUUUUUGAUUUAAGGUAAAAUAGGAAGAGCUUCAAAGGAAAAUGUAAAGAGUGAUUCUGGGAGUUCAUAAAAGGACACCCUGAGAGCUUGAAGCUGAGAGUGAUAUUGAAUUGUCUUAUUUUCUCUCGCCUGAUUGGGUGGCAAAAAAAUCAUUACUGGCCUCAGGGAAUUAAUCAGAAAAAGAUUCUUUUUGCACAAAUAAUUUCCUGGUCUUUUUGCUGGGUCUUAAAGGGAAGAAAAGAUUCUUUUUUUUUUUUUUCCAAAUGCAUUUUAAAUUGCUGGAGAUUAACUUCUGUAGUAUGUAGAAAUGCAGUGUCCAAUACAAUUGCCACUAGCCACAUGUGGCUAUUUAAACUUAAAUUUAUAUUGAGAUUAAAUGAAAUUUAAAAUCCAGUACCUUAGUCACACUAGCCCCUUGCUUUGUGCACAGUAUCAGCCCCGUGUGACUGGUUGCUGCUGUACUAAAUAUCACAAGAAGUUCUUUAUUUCAAGAUCAUCAUUGUCAGAUUCAUAGAUAUUUCCUGUAAGACUCAUAAGUAUUUCCUAUUAAUGUGCUCUAGGAUUUCUGCUCUCCAAGAGGGAUUGCAGUAGAGGAUAGAAAUGUGUUUGAGUUUUGAAGGCACUGGGUGUAGAGAUUGGCUAUUUUAAUGACUAUGUUUUAAUUUAUGUUUGACCAUCUGUUAUCUAGUGGUCUGAUCCCAUUGUCUUGGACAAAGCCAGAUUAGGAAGGAUACUUGAAUUCUGUUUUAAAAUUUUUGACAAAUAGUCUUUACCCUUCCGUUUUCCCUUUUCAUAAUCCUUCGUCAGAUCAGAAACUGGGUUCUCAGACCCACUGAGUCUGAGGCAGUGUCCAGGGACAGUCUGCCACUGGAGACCAAGAUCCUUAAUGGCAAUCUCGGCAGUUUUCUUUUGCCUUCUUGACUUACGUGGCACACGGACCUGAUAACAGACCUCAGCGUCCCUGCCCAUCUGUGCAAUGGGAACGAUGCUUUGUAAAGUAUUAAGACAUUUCCUAUUCCCCUA